AUGUCGUUAUUCCAAAAAUUCAAAAGUAUUUCAGUCAUUUUAGCAAAUGAGGCGAAAGUUCUCAAGAGUGAAGGGCGUGAAGGUCAUUUAGUAGAGCGCACAGGAAUUCGACUUUGCAGCGCGCAGGUUGGGUCAUUUAUGAUGGCGAGCAAAAGAAAAGCCUCCCCGAAAGAUGAGUCAUCUAUUUCCUCCCUUUCAGAUCUCGAUGAGCAUAUUGAAACCAAGAAAGCUAAUCGGUCAGGUGGUUCUACAAAAUUAUCUAAAACGACGACAUCAGGCGGAGAACAGCUAAUUGAUUUAACGGGGAAAAAGUUCGCUUGCGUCAGAGAUUUUAGGGGAAAGGUGUUUGUGGACAUACGGGAGUAUUAUGAAGACAAAUCCAGCGGGGAAUUGAAACCUGGGAAGAAGGGAAUCUCACUGAACUUGGAACAAUGGGAAUAUUUGAAAAGUUCUAUAAAUGAUUUGGAUGGGGAUGUAAAGAAACUGCGACGAUAG